GAAUCACACAGACCGCACGUAUCAUUAGGGGGCACCCAAGAGAGACAGGGAAAAAAAAAAAUAGAACCAGUUUACACACAUUGGGCCUGGGGCUCAAGCAUCUUUUUAAGUGCGGUAAUAAAACGUUGACACCACCUCCCUAAGAAGUCCUGGCCAAUGGGAGACCAUUAAGCCAACUUUUAUUUGGCUUCCGAAAACGCUUCAACAGCCCCUACGUGGCCGCUCGCACUCACUCGUCAACAUGCGCAGGUAGGACCCGGCUGAGGGGUGGAGGAUUCUAUAAUCGACUUCAGCUCCAGCAUCCGUAUUGCAUCGCCAAGCCUCCAUCGCAGUGAAACAUGGUCUUCUGCUCCUCUGCUUUGACGAGAAGGCAGCCAUGUGCCGUGACGGCAUGGACAUACUUGCCUGUUUGCGUGGCCCUCCUGCUUGCUCCUGCACUUGGACAACUGGACUUUAACCGACUGGAUGGCGAUACUGUCUGCCCACCUAUGAGAAGCGGACAGGAUGAUCUUCCAGGUUUUGAUUUGAUCACCCAGUUCCAGCUGGAUGUCAUCCCCCUGAAAGGCGUGAGGAAGGUCGACGGCUCCACUCCUCUCCAGGUGGCCUACCGCCUGGACCGGGAGGCCAACUUUCAAAUUCCAACCAUGCUGAACUUUCCCCGUGGAUUCCCGGAUGAGUAUUCCUUCAUGGUGACAUUCCGCAUGAUCAAGAACACAGUGAGCAAGGUGUGGAACGUCUGGCAAAUAGUCGACGAGGACGGCCGCAAGCAGGCCGGGAUGAGGCUCAACGGAGACCAGCAGUCCCUGGAGUACUUCCUGACGAGCCCUGACGGCAACCUGCAGACCGUCACCUUCUCUGGCCUGUCUGUGCUCUUUAACACCAAGUGGCACAAGGUGAUGAUCGGCGUCGAGCGCGACCGGGUCACGCUCUACGUGGACUGCCAGCCCGUGGACCAGAAGCCCAUCAAGGGCAAAGGGCCCAUUAACACGGAGGGAGACACUCUUAUAGGCAGGCUUGACGCUGAUCCCGAGGCCUCCGUGGUGUUUGAGCUCCAGUGGAUGCUGAUUCACUGCGACCCAAAGAGAGCCCGGCGAGAGAGCUGCAAUGAGCUGCCUGCCACCGAGAUGUUUGCCAAUGCGGAGCCUGACAGAUCAGUCCCAGGUCCCCCUGGUGCCACCGGCCCUGAAGGUCCUCGGGGUCCUGCAGGAGAAGACGGCAGAGAUGGACGAGAUGGUGUUCCGGGGUCUCCUGGCAUGCCAGGUGCAGCUGGCAGCAAAGGUGAGCAGGGGGAAAUUGGACUUCCAGGGCAGCGAGGCCUACCUGGUCUUCCAGGACCUGCUGGUUCUCCUGGCCCAAUGGGUCCUCGAGGGCUAGUGGGCGAGAGAGGUCUUCCUGGUUUUCCCGGGCCUGCAGGUCCUGCUGGCCCAGCAAUUGAAGGACCUGCUGGACCACCAGGAAAACCGGGAAUCCCGGGAGAUGAAGGGAAUAUCGGACCUGAGGGUCCACCAGGACCCAAAGGGGCUAAUGGAAACCCGGGACCUCCAGGGAUUCCAGGACCUCCUGGUCCAGUGGGGCCGCCUGGUGCCAGUGGUGAGGGAAGUGGGGAAUCUUGCCCCGCAGCCUGCCCUGCUGGACCCCAGGGACUGGCUGGGCUACCAGGCAUGAAGGGACAUAAAGGUAUGCCAGGUGAAAAUGGCAAAGAUGGUCUACCUGGAGAAAAGGGAGACACUGGACCCGAAGGUCCUCGAGGUACGCCAGGUCGCAUGGGAGAUGACGGCCAAAGAGGAGCCAUUGGAUUACCUGGUACAACUGGAGAAAAAGGAGAUAGAGGUCCUCCAGGUUUCAAUGGAAUGCCUGGACCCACCGGCCCACCUGGGGCUCCCGGUGUGGAGGGAUUGCGUGGACGUCAAGGUUUGGAGGGACCCAAGGGUGAUGAAGGAGCAAUAGGCCCUCAAGGAGAGCAGGGUAUUCAAGGAGAAAAGGGAGAUGUUGGAGCGCCAGGCAAAGAUGGCCUUGAUGGAAUUUCUGGAGUUGAUGGUGCCAAGGGAGAGCCUGGUCCAGCCGGAAUAGUUGGUGUGAGGGGCGUUGUGGGUAUUCCGGGGCUUCCUGGUAAACAGGGAGUAGUUGGACCUUCUGGUGAAAAGGGUGACACCGGUGCUGAUGGAGCCACUGGGCCAAUUGGGCUUCCAGGCAAAACUGGCGAGGCCGGAACACCUGGAGAAGAUGGAAAACCAGGAGAUAAAGGGUCAACUGGUGAACCAGGGAAACAAGGGCCAGUGGGGCCUGCGGGUCCUCCAGGCAUCGAGGGUGAAAAGGGACAAAAAGGCGACAGUGGGGAAAAAGGAAUCAAAGGUCACACUGGACACAAGGGGGAUCAGGGGCCAAUGGGACCAGAGGGACCAAAAGGAAGUUUGGGUGAUACAGGUCUUGCUGGAGAUCCUGGAGUCAAGGGGGACCAGGGCCCACCUGGUAUUCCUGGAAUUAAAGGAGAGCAUGGCUCAAAGGGCGUCAGAGGAGCAACCGGCGCAGAAGGCAGACCAGGUCAGCCAGGCCACGAGGGUUUGGCUGGUCCAAUGGGAGCCCGAGGACUCGAGGGAGAGCCGGGAAUACCUGGAGCGCCGGGUCCCAGAGGUCUGCCUGGCCCUAGAGUGAGUGAUGACAGGCUUCGGGAUAUGUGUUCGGCUGUUGUUGAAGAACAAUUAGCAGAAUUCAUGAAAGAUUUUCUAAAGAGGCCUGCUGCCCUGGGAGCCCCUGGCGUCCCAGGAAUAGCGGGACCACCGGGCCCUGCCGGAGCUGACGGAGCGCCGGGAUCACCGGGAGCUCAAGGGCCGAUGGGUGCCAAAGGCCACCCGGGAUUCUUUGGGAUCCCGGGUGCACCAGGCAAGAAAGGUGAUCCUGGAGCUAAGGGAGAUAAAGGAGAUAAGGGCGAAGCCGGUGUGGGAAUCAAAGGAAGCGCAGGACUCCCAGGUGCACCAGGUGUUGCAGGUGCUCCUGGCAUCGGCAAAGAUGGCAAAGACGGAGAACGUGGAGAACAAGGAAGCCCCGGUGUCCCAGGAGCUGCCGGUCCAAAGGGUCCUCCUGGUCCACCGGGUCUUUGUGACCCAUCAACCUGCAUAAACCGAAACCCAGCACCUCUCUUCAUGUACAGCGGGAAGAAGUCGGGCGCUUACAAAAAAAAGUGAGACAUCAGCGCUCGUUUGGCACACUCAGGUCUGCAACUUUCAAGCGACAGCGUUUCUCGGCUGGUCCACAAGUCUAGUUUUGAUCUUCUUGAUGAGUCUACGUUGGAACUGCGGAUGAUAGCGACACAAAGGGAAUCAAGACAAGGCACAACUGUAGAAAUUGUAUAGAUAUUUGGACUUGCGUGAAACUUUAAUGGGAGCUUAUCUGAAGGUGAGAUGCUGCGAAGAAUGAGCUUCUGACUUUAGCAAAACAAAUAUGAACAAACUGUAAAAUAGGAAA